CGUUGUUGCCGAAUCCAACAAUAAAUAUAUGUGACAACGCCGCGCGUUCUAUCAGCCGCUACUUUUUAAUAGUUCGCUUGUUGUAUCCACCGCGUUAUGUAUUGAAGAGAUAAACAAAAUUCAUUAUAAUGACGAAAAUUAGUAUUCCCAUUCAGUUUGUGCCGUUAAAAAGCGUCCUCAUGUUUCCAUUGACGCGAAAACCUUAAAACAACGGGGUUUUCCGUGACAAGGUGUUUGGGCGAAACUGGCUUAUUUUGGCCUCAAUAUCAUUAUUCGUUCACACACUUUACUCUUCCUUCUCCGAAGACUCCCGUACUCAGAUGUAACUAGAAUUAAACAAAAAAAAUAUAAUUAGAGCGUUUGCUUAACAACAAAAUGCAAGGAGACGAUCCCCCGUAUUUGUCCGAGGGGACCGCUGUUAGUGCUAAGUAUAAAGGUGCAUUCUGUGAGGCCAAAGUGAGCAAAGUUGUGCGAUUGGUAAAAUGCAAGGUUACUUUUAAAAUGGGUUUGGGAACAGCCACCGUUCACGACGAUAACAUUAAAGGAACGUUAAGAGUAGGACAAAUCGUACAAGCUAAACACCCGGAAAAAAAAGAAUUUUUCGACGCUACAAUCACUAAAGUACAAGAUUGUAGUCAAUACACCGUUGUCUUUGAUGAUGGCGACAUCACAACGUUAAAAAGGACGGCACUUUGUCUGAAAAGUGGUCGACAUUUUAACGAAAGUGAAACCCUGGAUCAACUUCCGUUAACCCAUCCCGAACAUUUCGGGAAUCCUGUCGUUGGAGGGCGGAGAGGGCGCAGAAAUAGACAGCUUAAUUGUUUCUUACAAAAUUCAUCAUCUUUUAGGGAAGAUAGUAGCGAAGGAGAACAAGAAGAAGAUAAUGAACCCGAUCUUGAACUCUAUACUGCAGAUAUUGGUCGUGUUGUUAGUGUGGAAUCUAGUGAGAAAAAACGAAACAAAGAUAAUUGGUUUCCAGGACUUAUUGUGAUGCCUUCUGCUCAACCCACAGUUAAAAUCAAUAUGAAGGAUGAAUUUUUAGUUCGAUCUUUUAAAGAUGGACGAUAUUACACAGUGCCUAAAAAAGAAGUAACCGAAUUUACUAAAGAAUUAGGUGCAAAAGUUGAAAAUUCCAUUUUGGCUGAAGCCGUUGAAAAAGCUUUAAAAUAUUUAAAUGAAGAUUCUUUACCUGAUCAUUGGGAAAAAAGUAUUUUGUUUAAUCCACAAAAUCAAUAUACGGAUUCAGAAGAAAAUUUCACAGACAGUUCUGAUGAUGAACCACGUGAAGAAAAAGACCAUUUCGUAGCCCAACUUUAUAAAUUUAUGGAUGAUAGUGGAACCCCUUUAAAUAAAAGCCCAAUGAUUGGGAGUAAAGAUGUUGAUCUUUACAGACUCUUCCGCGUUGUUCACAAAAUUGGUGGUUACAAUAGGGUUACAAAUCAAAAUAAAUGGCGAACAGUUGGGUUACGCUUAAAGUAUUCCAACAACCAAAACACAUUUAAUCAAGUUAAAGCAGUCUACAAAAAAUGUUUGUACUCAUAUGAGUCCUUUUAUCGAACUUUAGGUUGUACGAUGUCCGAUCAUACGAGAAGUUCCAAAAAGAAUAGAGGUCGACCUUUAAUACGGGAUAAAGAUCGUGUUACCCCCGUUCAAAGCCCUCGACCUGAUAGCGUAAAAGAAGAAAUCGAAGAGAAAAAGGAAGAAAUUGAUGAAAAAGACAAAGAUAAUAACAAAUUAAAAGUAAAGAAAGAGGAGAAAAAGAAAAAUAGUGAAAGUAGCGAUCAGAGUAUCAGCGAAAAUAUAGAAAUACGUCAUUCUCCAAUAGAACCGGUUGUUGCAAGUACUUCUAAGGAGGUCGUUAAGGUUAAAAAACCUGAUACACCAAAACCAAUUAAAGAGAAAAAGGGAAAAAUUAUCGAAAAGAUUAAAGAAAAAGAUGAGAAGAAAGAAAAGGAGAAAGAGAAGGAGAAGGAACGGGAAAAAGAGAAGGAAAAAGAUGAGAAAAGCGAUAAAGAAGAAAGGACUCAGCAGAGUACAAGAACGAAAUUUCCUUCUUUGAAAGCUAAAGAAGCUAUGACACCAGAAAGAAAAAUUAAGGAGAAAAUGCCUAUGAGAGAUGCUGCAGCUAAAAAUAUGGCUUUGAAAGCGAUCAAAAAGGAUGAAAGAAGAGGGAGAAAAAGGGUUAAUUCUGAAGAAAAAUCUUCACAUGAAAAUACAACUAUUGAAACAAUACCAACACCACUUGUAAACGUUGGCGAUAAAUUAAUGGUUUAUUAUGGCCCUACACAUGAUUCAAAAGUAGCUACAUAUGAAGCAAAAGUGAUAGAAAUAGGUACUGAUUCUCAAGGACCAAUUUACAUGGUACAUUAUACAGGUUGGAAUACAAGAUAUGAUGAAUGGAUCCCACCACAAAGAAUUGCUGAAAAUGUUAGCGUUUCAACUAAAGCCAAAAGAAUAAAACAAAGUUCAAAUCUUAUCUCUAAGUCUACAACAUCUUUACCUAAUUCAUCAUCAACUCCUACUACAAAAUCGUUACCUAGUAAAAGAGGUAGAGGUACUUCUUUUACGGGUAAAACAACUACAGUGGAACCCACAAGAUCAACAACUCCCUCAAGUGUAACAUCAUCAUCGAGUAGAACAAAAAGUCCGGCAACUCCAGCUACAAGAAAUCGAGUUAAUACGCGACACGGAGAGUCUACGAGACGGACGAGGAGAACUUCUGUUCAAACUGAUAUUUCAAUGCAUUCUGAUUCAGAUUCGGAAUCAUCCGAAUGUGACGGGGAGCAAUCUAGAAAUAAAAAUGGUGGAAAAAGUGAAGAUUGUGAGGUUAAAACUCCGAAAAAACGAUUAAUAAAAACUAAACUCGAGAAACGUAAAGAUGAUGAUGACACUGAAAAAGAAGACGAAGAAAAGCCCAAAAAACCACUAAGAAAACUCAAAAAAACACCAGAAGUAAUAAAACCAAGUGAUGAAAGCGACGAAGAUAGCAGCAGUCAUCCAAAAGGACGCGAUUUUGAUUUAAAUCAGAUUAGAUCUGAACUGAAAGGUUUUACCAAAAUAAAAAUGACAGAAACUAGCGAAAAAGAUACAUCAUCUGAUGAUUCAACCCCAACUUCUGAGGUUAAAGUUUUACCGGACGAAUGUGAUGAUAAAAAAGAAAAAAUUGAAAGUACUUCGAGUUCGGAAGAUAUUUAUGAAUUUAAAGAACCGGAGCCGUUUGAAUUUGAAAGUCCGAAAACUAUCGAUGAAAAGAAUAAAAAAAGGUUUGUUCCGCGUGUUUUGGAGCCCGUUGAAAAAUCACCAAGGAAAAAGAGCCCAAAAUCGAAAGUCGAAUCGAAAGAAGAUGAGAAAAUAAAAAAAUUUAGGCGUACUCCUAAAAAGGACGAAGACGAUGAUGAAGAUGAAGAAAAAAUUAAAGAUGAACCGGAUCCUUUUGAUAAAUUGGUUGAGUCACCUUCGUUUCAUAUUGGGAAAUCAACUGAAAAAGUUGAAGAAAAAAAAAUUAUUCCUAAAGUGCUCAAUAUGGAUCUUUUAUUUAAAGAACUUCCUUCGUCAAUAGAUGAAUCUGAUGAAAGAUUAGAUAUUUCAGAUGCUGAAGAUACCAGUGAGCCAUUGUUUUCAAAUAAAGGGCAAUUAUUUGCUGGGUCAUUUUCAAAACCAUCGCCUAACCAUGGUUCUGAUCCUGAAUGCACGGGAUUUACAACAAAAUCAGAUGAUAGAAAAACAAAUACUAGUGAUGAUGAAGAAAUUAUUAAAACAACAAUGAAAAAUGUAUUAGAAUUCGAUAAUGAUAGUAAUGAUUUAUUGAGUCAACCAUCAGAAGAAGAAGAUGCAAUUCAAAAAGAUGAAACCAUCACUUUGAAUCGAGUAGAAAGUGAAGACGAAAUGAAACCUGACGUUUUAGUCGAAACGGUGUGUACUCAAGAAAAAUUGGCGUCAUUAUCAAGACAAAUAGCACCAGUUUUCCAAGAAACGGACUCCGCUUUAUUAAGAGAUUUAUAUUCUCAACAAUUUUUAACAACAAAAGUUGAUGAUGUAAAAGAUAUCAAUUACAAAAUUGGUACAAAAGUUGCCGAUUCUAUUUUACAAAAAUUGAACAAAAAUAUUAAAGAGGUUAAAAAAGAUGAAGAAAUAAAAGAAGAAGUUAAACCUAUUCAGGAAAUUCAAGAAAUUAAAGAAGAUGAAGAAGAGGAGGACGAAGAAGAAGAGGAGGAACAAAUACCUCUUCCUGAAGUACCAAAAUCUCCCGAACAACCUAAACUAGAAAUUAAAAUGAAAGAAAAACCGAAAGUUGAUGUUCGUAAAUCACCAAGAAAAGCAAUCAGUAAAGAAUUUAUUGACGAAUCUGACUCUGAUAGUUCCGAUUCGGAGGAAAGAUUAAUAAUGGAUGAAGAUUCCCAAACUAGUUUAUCCCAAGAUAUAAACAAAUUCAUAAAAGACCAAGAAGAAUCAUCAUCAAAACCCGAAACGGAAACGAUCGAAACCGAACCCAAAUUUAAUUUUGACGUCAUCAAAGAAGAAGUUAAAGAAGAAAAACCAGAAGAAUCUUGCAGCAUAAAGGAAGAGGAUGGCGAUCCAGAUGCUUUGUUGUAUUGUGGCGAAACUUUACCAGGAAGUCCAGCUCCAGCACCAUCUACAGAACCAAAACAAAAAACUAAAAGUGAACUUCCGUUCGCUAGCGUUCCAUGUAGUAGUAGCAGCAGUAACAGUAGCUGUAGUAGUUCUUCAAGUUCAACUAAUAAUAAAGUUGUUGCGGUUGAAAAGCCAGGAAGUAGUAAUAAUGUUAUUGUUGGUGUGAUUAAAGAAAGAAAUGUUGAGAGGCCACCUCAAAUUGUACUACCGGUUGUACCACCUGUUGAAAUCCCUGAAAUUAGGGAUGCUGCUGCUGUACUAGAUAAUACUCCUCCAACUACACCUGAGAGUACAAUUAGUAAUUUAUCGCCAAGAAGAGAAAACUGUGAUUUAUCACCAAACACUGCUGACAAUGAUAGUUGUAAAUCAACGGAAGCCGAAGUUGAAUCAAAUAACCAAAGGAAAAUUUCCACAAAUAGUAAAGUUUCACCAUUUAGUGAAGAAGAUACAAUUAUGAACAGUGAACAAUGUGCUACUUCAUCUAAAAAACGUGAAGAUGUCGUAGCUGGAUCCUGCAGAAAACGGCGAAGAUCAUGCAAAGGUGGAGAUGACGUAGUUCUUCCUGUUAAACGAGGGCGGAAACCGCUUAAUCGUUCUCGACAUAAUAGUGAUAGUGAUGAUAAUUCUGAGCACUCCGCUCAAGGAAAUGGAAGUGGUGGGUCUUCGGGUAACGGUGAUGGACGAUUAUCAAGGUCGCCAAAACCAUCAAAAUACAAUUUUUGUGAACCUCUCGAUCCAAGUUUAGACUGUAGUCAAAGAAUAGCGGUUCUUCAACAAAAAUUGGCUGAUGUCAGGAAAACUUAUGCUGAUAUCAAAGCGGAAUUGGCUACAAUUGAACGAAGACGUAAAAGAUUAAGAAGAAGGGAAAGAGAAGCGGCAAAAGCAGCAAAACAAGAAGCAACCAACACGUGAUCCAGAGUGCUCUUCCCAGGCAACAAUUUUUAUAUAUAAAAUUAAGUUUUUUUUUCAACUAGUUUUAGGCGUUACAGAUGUUUAUAAUAUUACGUUGUUUCAUAUUAUGAUAUAAACGAAAAACGAUUUACAAUUAGGUGAAAUUAAAUUUAUAAAAAUAAAUAAUGUAACAGUCUAUUAAAAACAUUCAUAUUCCGUAC